AUGGAGUCACCAAAAUCCCCUUUGAAAAUUGAUAAUCCAAAGACUGUGACUAGAAGUCCUCAACUCGCAGAACCUAUAGCAGAACCUCAAGAAUGGAAUACAAAGAACUUGUCGUAUAGAUUGGGUGUGGACUUCGUAUCUGGUGUUGCCGCUGCAACUAUGGUUGCGCCAAUUAUCACUAUCAUUGAUAAAGGUAUCAUGCAAAAUGCUUCAGGUCAAGCUACACUCAAAGACUCAUUGCGAUCAUCCCUCAAGAACUUAGUUCUCCGACCUCACCAUCUACUCUUCUCGAAACCUUUCGCCUUGAUUUGUAUGUUAUAUGGAGGCACAUACUUGACAGCGAAUACCCUCGAUACUGUUACAUCUACUAUACACAAUAAGCCCGCAUCCACAGUUACAUCUGGAACUUCGAAAUUCGUUGCAAGUUCGACUGCAAAUAUUGGAUUGUGUCUUUUCAAAGAUCAAACAUUCGCCCGCUUGUUUGGUCCCUCUGGUCCACCAAGACCUGUACCUUUUCCCUCAUAUAUACUUUUUACCGCUCGCGAUUGUCUCACAAUUUUUGCUUCAUUCAAUAUACCACCAAUGCUUGGUCCAGUUAUCAACAAGAGUCUAUCCGAAGAAUUACAAAAAUCGAUAAGUGGACAAACUAUUUCACAAUUUUUGGCACCGGCUUCUGUGCAGCUUAUAAGUACGCCUAUGCAUUUAUUAGGCUUAGAUUUAUAUAAUAGAGGGCAAGGUGUUAGUUGGGCGGACAGAUGGAGUAUCGUGAAGAAGAAUUGGGGAGUAAGUGCUGCGGCUAGGAUAUGUAGGAUUGUACCUGCAUUCGGUGUUGGAGGAGUUGUCAAUAGAAAGGUUAGAGAAGGAUUGAUGAAUCGUUUGGAGUAG